AUGGAGGAAUGUGAAUUUAAAGAGCAUUUUCGAGUAAAUCGUAUCACAUUUAAUUUCCUAGUUAAUGAAUUGCAUCCACAUUUAGGAAAAACUACCACAACUAUGCAAGAAUCUAUUUCAGUAGUAAAACGUGUUGCAGUUGCAUUACAUUAUCUAGCUUCAUGUGAAGAGUAUCGUGUUGUUCGUGUUGUGUCUAACUUUUUUGGCAUAGGAAAGUCAACAGCAAAUUUAAUUGUUCAUGAAUUUAUUAAUGCUGUUAAUGACAUUUUGCUCCCUAAAUAUGUUAAAUUUCCAUUGUCAGUGGAAUAUUUAAAUAAACAUUGUAGAGAUUUCGAAGCUAUUCUUGGUUUUCCACAAUGCGUUGGAGCGGUUGAUGGAUGCCACAUCCCUAUUUCAGCCCCUAAAGAUCAAGCAAUUUCUUAUUAUAAUUAUAAAGGGUGUGUUGGAUCGCCUGGUAGAAAUAAUGACAGCUAUAUUUUGCAGAAUUCUUCUUUGAAAGCAAUUUUAGAAUCAAAUCUAUUUGAUAAAUGUUGUAAAGAGCUUGGCGAUUCUCUUGUUCCGCUAUGUUUGAUAGGUGAUUCAGCAUUUACUUUAACGCGUCAUUUGUUAAAACCUUAUCCUGAAAAUUUGGAGCUUAGUGAAAUUCAAAAAAAUUUCAAUAAAAUACUUUGCGGUGCUAGAAGAGUAGUUGAGAAUGCUUUUGGGUGCGUUAGAGCUCGAUUCCGUAUAAUUUGCAAACGUAUAGAAUACGAUAUUAACUUUGCUACAAGAAUUGUUAAUGCUUGCGUCACUCUUCACAACAUUUGUGAAUAUUAUGACGAUAUUAUUAUAAUAGAAUGGCUUAUGCAUCAUCAUGAUGACAGUCUAGCUCAACCCAAUACAGUUUCUACAACUGGGAACAAUGGACCAGGAAAAAAUGUGCGUGAUUCAAUUGCUAAAUACCUUUAUGAAAGGGACAAGUAA